CGCGAUGCCCGGGCGCAGCCUGAUCCGGGCCCUGCCGGUCGGCCGCGGGGCGGGGCGAGCACCGGGGCGAGCGCGGCGCGAAGGUAGCUAAGGCGGCGGCCGGCUGGGUCCUGCGCGGGGAGACGGGAGCGGUCCCGGCGCCGGGGCAGGUUUUUGACGUGGAGACUUCUGCGUGACACGCUGCUCUGACCCUCCCUGUCCUCCUGCCGUCCCUGCUGCAGGCGGGGCUGUCUGUGUGAGAUGGCGGGCCGGCUGCCUCGCUCUGCGGACCUAACCCGCUUCUGCCAGAAGCUCAACCGGGUGAAAACUCUGGAGGAUGACAUGAUGGAGACGACCUUCAACAGAUGCCUCUCCACCGUUGACCUGACGCUGCUGGGCAUAGGGGGCAUGGUUGGCUCUGGCCUGUAUGUCCUCACGGGCACAGUAGCCAAGGAGAUUGCUGGCCCUGCUGUCGUCGUCUCUUUCAUCAUUGCUGGCUUUGCCUCUCUGCUGGCAGCUCUCUGUUAUGCCGAGUUCGGUGCCCGGGUGCCUAAGACAGGCUCUGCGUACAUGUUCACCUACGUCUCCAUGGGCGAGAUCUGGGCCUUCCUGAUUGGCUGGAAUGUGCUCCUGGAGUACAUGAUCGGGGGCGCUGCGGUGGCAAGGGCAUGGAGUGCCUAUCUGGAUUCCAUAUUUAGUCAUAAAAUAAAAAAUUUCACUGAGACCCACAUUGGCACAUGGCAGGUACCGUUCCUGGCACAGUACCCAGACUUCCUGGCAGCAGGCGUCUUGCUGAUAGCCACAGCAUUCAUCUCCUUUGGGGCCAAAGUGUCCUCCUGGCUUAACCACGUGUUCUCAGCCAUCAGCUUGGGUGUGAUCCUCUUCAUCCUCGUUAUGGGAUUCAUUCUCGCAGAACCCAAGAACUGGAGUGCUCAGGAAGGUGGCUUUGCUCCAUAUGGACUGUCAGGCAUCAUGGCAGGCACGGCCACCUGCUUCUAUGCCUUUGUAGGCUUUGAUGUCAUAGCAGCCUCCAGUGAAGAAGCCAGAAACCCCCAGAAGGCUGUUCCCAGAGCAAUAGCCAUCUCCUUGGGCCUGGCCGCGGGGGCCUAUAUACUGGUGUCCGUGGUGCUGACGCUGAUGGUGCCCUGGCACACUCUGGAUCCUGACUCUGCCCUGGCAGAUGCGUUUUACAGACGAGGUUACUCGUGGGCAGGGUUUAUAGUAGCUGCUGGUUCCAUUUGUGCGAUGAACACGGUUCUGCUGAGCAACCUCUUCUCCCUCCCCAGAAUUGUUUACGCCAUGGCGGAGGACGGGCUCUUUUUCCAGGUGUUCUCCAGAGUGCACCCCCGCACGCAGGUGCCCGUGAUCGGGAUUGUGGUGUUUGGGGUGCUCAUGGCUCUGAUGGCCCUCGUCUUCGACCUGGAGGCCCUGGUGCAGUUUCUGUCCAUUGGCACUCUGCAGGCUUACACCUUCGUCGCAGCCAGCAUCAUUGUGCUGCGCUUUCAGCAGGAGAAGUCGGCAGCUCCCCCUCAGCCUGCCGGGAGCCAGCCCAGUCCUGGGCCCAACGAAGGGGCUGGGCCCAGCGAGCUAAAGGAAUACGAAUCCUUCUCGGACAAGCUGCAGCUGGUGAGCACUGACAAAGCCAAAGUGCACCGGGAGCCAGGGCAGCUGAAGGCAGCUUUCGAGCCCUACCUGGAGCUCCUCAGCGACUUCUACCCUGGGGAGGUGGUCACCAUUGCCGUGGUUACCUUGAUGGUGUCUGCCAUAUGCCUGUGCUCCAUCUUGGUAUUUGGCAACACCCAUCUUCACCUGCCCACCUGGAGCUACUCCCUGCUGCUGCUGCUCUUCAGCCUGGGAUUUCUGCUCAGCUUGCUUCUCAUUUGGGUCCAUGAGCAACAGCAGAGCACCAAGACCUUUCAGAUUCCGCUUGUGCCGCUCACUCCUGCGCUGAGUAUUCUCCUGAACGUCUAUCUCAUGCUGAAGCUGAGCUACAUGACGUGGCUUCGAUUCUCCGUCUGGUUGAUCCUAGGCCUCCUGGUGUACUUUGGUUACGGCAUCUGGCACAGCAAAGAGAACCUGCGUGAGCCCACGUCCCGCAGUGUGAGCGCCCGCUACGUGGUGUUCCCUAGCAGCAGCCUGGAGGAGACGGUGCAGGCGGUUCAACCCAACCCCCAGCCCUUGACGGAGCUGCCGGACAUGGUGACCGAGGAAGCCAAGCGAUGAUGCGUCAAGGGCGUAGCAGCCUCCCUGCGUGAAAAAUGACACCACCCCACCCCCCACUUUCCUCUGCCGAAACAGCUGCCAGGGCUGGGUCUUCCCUGAGCAAACUCUGGGCGCUGGAGACAGGACGGUGAUACACAUCCUUUCCCCUCCGCACUCACAGCAAAAGCACUAGGGAGGUGAUGGCUGCCUCCUUUCCCAUACCCUGGCGCACAGGGAUCUGGCUUUUUUCCCCCACUUCUAGCUCGUAGUAAUGUGUAAGCCGCGUCUUCCCCAACUGCUCCACCCGAAUCCCCUGCCAAACCCAGCACAACCCUCGUAACAACAGAGGGGUCACGUUUCAGCUCCACCACUCUGUGCCCUGCCCGUCCUGAAAUAUCGGGGGCCAACAGAGUCAAUGUGGCCAUUCCCAGCAGAGCCCCCCAUCUCUUCCCAUGGCCCAGGGUGUAUGAUGAAGGGUCUCUGGCAAACACCCAGGUCACGCAGGGCUGAGAGUCAGGACUUUAUCCUGGCUCUCACAUGGACUCCUCGCCUCGGCUGAGUCCCUUCUCCCUAAACCUCAUCCCCAGCCGAGGGUGAUGCUUAAUUAGAUGGUGUGUGCAAAGCGCUACAAGUGCACAGCAUUAGGGCAUUUCUACACGAGCUUUCCUGGGGUUCUUGGCACAGACAAUCGGGUGCUGAUCAGGCACCUGCUGGCAUUCCCUGCCCUGGCCCAGGUCAGCAUGAAUCAUAGAAUCUCAGGGUUGGAAGGGACCUCAGGAGGUAUCUAGUCCACCCCUCUGCUCAAAGCAGGACCAAUCCCCAGACAGAUUUUUGUCCUAGGUCCCUAAAUGGCCCCCUCGUGGAUUGAGCUCACAACCCUGUGUUUAGCAGGCCAAUGCGCAAACCACUGAGCUAUCCCCCUGAAGCUGCAUGUUCAAGCACCUAGUUCAGUGGGGUCACACCCAGGGCACAUUUGUGGGGUUCCAUUAUUCUAAAAGGCACAGAAAUGAGUGUGGUGCUGGGGGGCGGCCCAGGCCUUUGUACUGAGUGGGGCUGGCAAAGGUGAGGCCGAGCCGAAACCCUCUGGUUAUAAAUCCAUGGCCACACUGGGGCAAGUGCAGAGGGAGCAGAGAUUCCCCACUACCCUUUGUUAGCUAGUCCCAUGUGAAUGGUUUCUAGACAAUCACUUUACUAGUGCAGUGAAAUAGCACAUUACCCUGGCUGUGCCCUCGCUCGCUCAUCCCAAGCAGCUGGGCUGCCUGACCACCAGCCUGACUCUCCUGUGCCCCCGGCCCUCCACACCUAGCGCUCAGCCCUGUACGACACACAGGACAGCUCGGCCCUGCCCGGCAGAGAGCGCGCUCUGAAAGUGAGCGGCAGCUCUGCGUUUCCGAGAACGGCCCCACAAGGGGCUGCUUUGGGCUCUGGCUCCUGUGCCCCUCGCCCUUUGCAGUUUCCUUGUGGCCCUACAGGCUGCUGUCACGGCGCACAGGGCUGGGGGCAGGCCCUUGUGCCCCCUACACCCUGGCAGGCUCUAGCCCCCUAGGCUGGCCCUGCUCUGUUGCCAGCUUUCAUGUAAAUUGGGCUGCGGCCUCCCCCGCAAAGCCAGCUUUUGGGAUCCCCUCUGCCUGGUGUCAGGGUAAGGCCUUGCCCUGCAGAUCAGCUCAUUUCUGAGGCUCCUUUUUCCACGGUUCUUUGCCCGUGUUCUCCUCUUGGCUGCUGUGCCAUGAGCUACUGAGCCCAGCUCUGACUUUAAGCCAGUGCCCAGGGGGAGCGGGAAGGUGGCUGUUGUUUACUGUACACAUCCCCCACCCUCCGCAGCUGCAGACUGCGAGUGGGCAUGUCAGCUGUCCCCCGCCUCCCCCCGGCUCUGCUGUGGCCCAGGUGAGGUGCAGGUGUGAGUAGGGCAUUGUUACUGGGUGAGCUGUGGCCGAGGCCUAGUUACUAGUAUUUAUUAGGAGGAAAUGUGCAGAGACAACGCACGCACCCCAGAAAGCACAACGGCCAGGCCCUGCAGCAGUGCCUGCCCCCCAUCCGCCUCCCCUGGCCUUGUGGCGCACUGGGAGGGGUUUGUAUAAGGCAGGAGAUAAGGGGAAGGGACUCUGGGCUUACGUUCUGACAGCCUGGCUCUGCCUGCUGCGGCUGAGAGCUGCUCCUGGAGCCCACCGGAGGCAGCUGUGCAGCCUGGGCAUUAGCUUGUGAAUUUGCUGUGACUGCCUAAGGUGGUGUAUUUAGCACAUGCUGUUCUGGGUCCUGGUUGCUCCGUGCUCUGUUGGUACCACCUUGCGCCCUGCCCUGGCACUUGUGUUGUGUGAAAUGUACCACACGGGGGGCUGCUAUUGCCAAUGGAGUUGUGUCUCCCUGCUGUGCUGUGCUCGGUGCCUCUGUGUAACAGCUUGUAACAAAGGUGCUGACACUAGCCCUACUUAUAAAUUAUGGUCCUGCAGUCGCUCUGCCUAGGCUGGAGUCUGUCCACACUGUGCUGUAGUCAGUCUACCUGGAAGUGGAGCCAGCCUGGUGCAAGUCUGAGGCCAGCCCUGCCGGCCCCACAGAAAAGCCCCUUCUGAGGCACCCUGCUGCACCAGCAGGGAUUCGGGCACAGCUCUUCUUGUGCUUUGCUCUUCCAAAUCUCCAACAUCUUUGCUGCAUCG